CCCUCUCUAGUCUCUCCCUUUGCUUUACUUCGUCCUCGCGAGCUCCGUGUUCUGGAAGCUCAGAUUCUCUCUCGCCCACUCCGCACAAAGGGAGAGAAAAUGGGGUUCUUCUCCUUUCUGGGUCGUGUCCUCUUCGCUUCCGUCUUCAUCCUCUCCGCAUGGCAGAUGUAUAAUGAAUUUGAUGUCAAUGGCGGCCCUACUGCAACAGAAUUGAUUCCCAAGCUCACAGUUGUAAAGAAAAACUUAUCUUCCAAAUUGGGGGUCGUGAUGAGAGAUAUUGAUGUUCGGCAGUUUGUUGCCACUGUUAUAUUUCUGAAGGGGGUUGGAGGUGUUCUCUUUGUGUUUGGAAGUUCAUUUGGGUCUUUCCUUCUGUUAUCGCAGCUGGCUCUCACCACUCCCCUUCUGUAUGAUUUCUACAACUACAGACCAAACACACCUGAAUACAGUCUGCUGCUGAAUGAGUUCAUGCAGAGCACAGCACUUUUUGGCGCUUUGCUGUUCUUUAUAGGGAUGAAGAACUCUAUUCCCAGGAGACAACUCAAGAAGAAGGCCCCGAAGACAAAGGAAUUUUAGGCAUUGGGAGAGAUGUACUUGUGUUUCCAAAGAAAAACUCGUGAAAAAAUCUACUAAGUUGCAGCUUCAGAUCUUUUACUGUCUUUAGAUUUUUUUUUUUUUUUUUUAGGCCUCGUCUUCUUUCCUCCUUUUAUCGUCUUCUUGUUUUAUUUUUUUCACUACUUCAUAUUGGACUCUUUGGAGCAGUUAAUUUAAUAUAAAUAUUUCUGAAGAACAUAUUUACUUUGACAGUUGAACAUAAUUUAAUGGACAUGCUGUCAACUUUUC